UACUUUGUAUAUAUAGUGUAUCGAUGUGGUAUAUAUGUAACGUAUUUUGAUUUGAUAGUUGCUUCCUGAUGAAGAAACGACAAAAAGAAAACAGUUUCCCGCUUUUUCCUUUUCUUUCGUUGUAAAAGAAUCUCUCUCUUUUCUCUAUUGGGUCUUAGCUUUCUGCAUCCUCUUCCUCUUGUUUUCUUCCUAUAAUUUUAUCUCCUUUCCCUUUAAUUUCAUCUAACCACAAUACAAGGGAAGAAGAACCAAACAUUCUUCUUAUUUCUUUUUUAUUUUGAACAUCUUUACUUCUUAAUCUUCUUUUUCUGUUUAAUUAACUGCAGAAUUCUGAUCUCUCUACUAGGAUUAUAGUAGUCCAUAAUAAUAAAAACUCAGGUGCAACAAUGAUUUUUCCAAGAUUCUCCUCGAUUCAAAAAGGUAUGACUUUUAUAGAUUCCCAAGUUUAUGCUGCUCAAGGAAAUCAAUCAAAGUAAAUUCUUGAUCACACUUAAAAGAUUCCGAAUUCUAAUGCUCCUUAUUUUUAUUUUUUUUUAUCUGAAUCAAAAGCUCUAUAAUUUCCAUCUUCUUGCUUUUCUUCCUCUGUGCUUCUGAGCACACACCCCUUUUCUUUCCACAACUUUGUUAGUUGUUAGUUAGUUAGUUAGUUAAGGUUUGAUGGAAUUGGAAAGCGUGUAUCCUGGGUGGAAUUGGAACUGGAAUUUGUUAGAGCAAGAGAGGCAGAGCAGCAGCAGAGAAUGGAGUAAAGAGGACAACAAGAAGUUCGAGAGCGCGCUGGCGAGUACAGAGAGCUGGAAGAAGAUGUCAAUGAUAUAGAAGCCGGCCGGGUCCCUGUCCCCGGCUAUAUCGCCUCUUCUUUCACCUUCGAGCUUCUUCACCACCACAACCAUGAUGGAUCUCGAAGAAGGCCUAAUACCCCUAGACCUUCUUCUGAUCAAGAAAGGAAGAAAGGUGUUCCUUGGACUCAAGAGGAGCACAGACGUUUUCUGAUGGGGCUUUUGAAGUAUGGAAAAGGAGAUUGGAGAAACAUUUCACGCAAUUUCGUGGUGACGAAGACUCCUACUCAAGUUGCUAGCCAUGCUCAGAAGUACUACAUAAGGCAAAAGGUUUCUUCAGGAGGGAAAGAUAAGAGGAGACCGAGCAUCCAUGAUAUAACAACUCUUAACCUCGCAGAAGCCACUGCUACUUUAGAUGAUAAUAAUAUCAACAAGCCCCUCUCAUUCAAUGAGUCUAAAGUACAAUUGGACUGGUUCAAUCACUGUAAUGAUGAUGGAUCAGUGAUGGUUUUCGACCCCAAUUGCGACCAUUUGCAAGAGCAGGAUCUCUUUGAUUGUGCUUUCCAUGAAGCUUAUGCAAAGCUCAAGAUCCCGCAUUUCAACAAGGAAGCUGAUUUCGGUAUUCAUGCAUUGUAAUGCCAACAACUCUUUCCAUGUUUGUUAACAAAUAAAGUUAUAUAUCAAACAAUUCAUGCUGUAUGCUCAUCACUUCAAUGAUGCUUGCUACUUGAAAGGAACCUGCAAUAAUGUUUAAUCCUUACAGAUCUUUUCAUAUUCAUCAUUCUGUUUA